UUUGUGUCAUAUUUUCGCCAAUAGCAAAGGCGCGCCUCUGAUCGUACGAGGCCGCGUCAUUAUAGCGCGACAUAGUUUAAUCGAUUCUCGCUUGUUUUGUCCUGUGUUUUGAGUGCCUACCAGCAAAGUUUUCUUAAUAAUCAGUUGUUUAAUUGAAUGUUGAAUUAAAGUGUUCCUCAAUUUGAUUUGAGAAUGGUAUAAAACCUGACAUUAACAACGAUGGUAAUUGAACGUAAAGAGAGUGUCAAGGAGCGUUAUUAAAAACAAGUUUUUCAAUGUCCAAUGUUGGAUGACACUUUCGUAUUAAAGCAGCGAAGAAAAUCAUUGCUUAUGAGCAAGUUGGUGGAUAAAGUGCUGUUCGUGUUCAGCUUUCUGUUUAGUUUCGUCAGACAGGCGAGUUUUUUGAUUUAUCAGUUCACGGCGUUUACCGAUUUUGGCGGCUACUUGAGCGAAGGAGAGCCAGAGAUUAUUAACAAGUACGUUGGAAAGGCCGUCGAAAUUGAGGGGACUAGUGAAACGCCGGCUAAGCUAAAGCGGCCAAAAACUCUGAAUUUCGUCCCGAAGUUGCAGAAGAACUUUAAAAACAAAAGUGCCACCGCACCGAAGAGGGCUGGAGGCUCUAAAGCGAAAGCUACGCAAAGCAAAGUAGACUCACUGUCGAUUUCUCAGAAAUCUGAGGAAGACUUUGGAAGUCCUGCACCCAAAAAGGUAGAGGAUCAGUUGCCAGCCACCGAAAGCAUCACAGUGGGCGAUCAAGUGAUUUGCCUCAAUGUACAAGAGCACAUAGAGAACCAGCAUCAAAGUUCAGCUGAACAACAUCACACAGAGUCACAAGAGCAACCAAAAAGUGAAAUAAUGCAAGGUACUUCAGAUGAUAGUGCCAGUGAAGUCGAAACUCCUAGUCAAAACGUCUUCACUCCAUCGUUCAAUUUCUAUCCGCCAUCCGUGAUGAAUAACAAAAAGUUCCUAGCAAGGCGGAACAGCAAACGAUUCGUAAUCGGGGAUGGGGAGGAUGAAUUGCCUUCCCCAAAUCCCCCGGAUGUUACCAUCACCGAAAGCCCCAAUGUGGAGCAGAAGAGUUGGUCGAAUCAGGCAAACGCUGAUAAACUUUCAGUGCCCAGCAAGGGUUUAAAGCCUUCGAUGUCCCAAGGUACUGUGAUGCUCCACAACAACCGCUUCCAGGAAAAAGACUUUACAGUGGCCACUCCUGAAGAGUUUGUGAAGAGAUUCAACGGCACUAAAGUUAUCAACAAGGUGCUGAUAGCAAAUAACGGAAUAGCAGCAGUUAAAUGUAUGCGAUCGGUCAGACGAUGGUCCUACGAAAUGUUCAAGAACGAGAGAGCUGUGAGAUUCGUCGUAAUGGUCACUCCAGAAGAUCUGAAAGCCAAUGCCGAGUACAUAAAAAUGGCUGAUCACUAUGUGCCCGUACCGGGUGGGACCAAUAAUAACAAUUACGCCAAUGUUGAACUGAUUGUCGACAUCGCAGUGAGAUUACAAGUGCAGGCUGUUUGGGCUGGCUGGGGACACGCCUCUGAAAACCCAAAACUUCCCGAAUUGUUGCACAAAAAUGGCAUUACCUUUAUCGGGCCCUCUGAGAAAGCGAUGUGGGCUUUAGGAGACAAAAUCGCUUCGUCUAUUGUGGCGCAAACGGCUGAUGUUCCCACAUUGCCCUGGUCGGGAGGAGGACUAAAAGCGCAGUACAGUGGCAAAAAGAUCAAAAUAUCAUCCGACCUGUUUGCGAAGGGUUGCGUCGCAAAUGCAGAAGAAGGCAUUUCAGCCGCACACAAAAUUGGAUUUCCUGUUAUGAUUAAGGCUUCGGAAGGUGGCGGUGGAAAAGGUAUUAGGAAAGUUGAAUAUGCCGAUGACUUUGCUGCGGCCUUCAGGCAGGUGCAAGCUGAAAUCCCCGGUUCUCCAAUAUUCGUGAUGAAGCUGGCCAGAGGGGCACGACAUUUGGAAGUGCAACUGUUGGCCGACAAUUAUGGAAAUGCCAUUUCCCUGUUUGGCAGAGAUUGCUCCAUUCAGAGACGACAUCAGAAGAUUAUUGAGGAAGCCCCGGCUUCUGUAGCAAGCCCUGAGAUUUUCGAAGAAAUGGAAAAGGCAGCAGUUAGAUUAGCUAAAAUGGUGGGCUACGUCUCCGCUGGUACGGUGGAGUAUUUGUACGAAACAACUGGCAACUAUUACUUCUUGGAAUUGAAUCCUCGCCUGCAAGUUGAGCAUCCCUGCACAGAAAUGGUGUCCGAUGUGAAUCUGCCAGCUGCACAGCUUCAAAUCGCCAUGGGAUUGCCUCUUCAUUACAUUAAAGACGUCAGGCUGCUUUAUGGCGAAUCCCCAUGGGGAAUCACCGAGAUUGACUUUGAUCUACCGCGGCACAAACCUCAAGCUUGGGGACAUGUGAUUGCAGCCAGAAUUACUUCAGAAAAUCCAGACGAAGGCUUCAAGCCCAGUUCCGGCACAGUACAAGAACUAAACUUCCGUUCGUCUAAAAAUGUCUGGGGUUAUUUCUCAGUUGCGGCCUCUGGGGGUUUGCACGAAUUUGCAGACUCUCAAUUUGGUCACUGUUUCUCUUGGGGCGAGAACAGGGAACAAGCUAGAGAAAAUUUGGUUAUUGCUCUCAAAGAAUUGUCAAUCAGAGGGGACUUUAGAACAACUGUAGAAUACCUAAUUACGCUGUUGGAAACCAAGGACUUUCAAGAAAACACAAUCGACACUGCUUGGUUGGAUAUUUUGAUUUCCGAAAAGGUUCAGGCCGACAAACCGAAUGUUAUGUUAGCAGUGGUUUGCGGAGCACUGCAUAUCGCUGAUAAAACCAUUGAAACCGCAUUCCAGGAUUACAUCAGUUCCCUGGAAAAGGGACAAAUUCAAGCAUCAAACACUCUUACAAACGUCGUUGACGUGGAAUUGAUUAAUAAUGGAAAUAAAUAUAAAGUGCAAGCUUCGAAAAGCGGACCCAACACGUAUUUUUUGCAGAUGAAUGGAGGUUUCAAGGAAAUUGAAGUUCAUCGGCUCAGCGACGGCGGAAUCUUGCUCUCUAUUGAUGGCUCAUCAUUCACCACAUACAUGAAGGAGGAAGUUGAUAGAUAUCGCAUAGUUAUCGGCAACCAAACCUGCGUUUUUGAAAAAGAAAACGACCCGACCAUAUUAAGGUCUCCAUCUGCAGGAAAACUAAUUAGUUUUCUAAUAGAGGAUGGUGGGCAUGUGGGAAAAGGUCAAGCUUACGCUGAAAUCGAAGUUAUGAAGAUGGUGAUGACUUUGACUUCGGGGGAAGCUGGAAUUAUCACCUAUGUGAAACGUCCUGGAGCAGUGUUGGAAGGAGGCUCGAUUUUGGUCACUUUGGAAUUAGAUGAUCCGAAUUUGGUUACCAAGACUGUUAUUUAUAAAGGGCCUUUUCCCGAAAUGGAAACCUCCGCAACUUCUCCCGAAAAACUCAACCACAUCCACAACAGUUACAAAGCAAUGUUGGAAAAUACUCUUGGAGGAUACUGCCUGCCUGAUCCAUACAACGUUCCCAGGCUUAGAGAAGUUAUAGAAAAAUUCAUGUCCUCUCUACGUGACCCCAGCUUGCCGCUUUUGGAACUCCAAGAAGUGAUGGCUUCAAUUUCCGGCCGAAUUCCCAUAGCGGUCGAAAAGAAGAUUCGCAGACUAAUGACGCUUUAUGAAAGAAACAUCACAUCCGUUCUAGCGCAAUUCCCGAGCCAACAAAUUGCUAGCGUCAUUGAUAGUCAUGCAGCUAUGUUGCAUAAGAGGGCUGAUAGAGAUGGUUUCUUCUUGGCUACUGAAGGAAUUGUCCAAUUAGUCCAAAGAUACCGCAACGGCAUCAGAGGCCGCAUGAAGGUAGCAGUGCAAGACUUAUUAAAACAGUACUAUGAUGUGGAAAGUCAGUUCCAACAAGGCUCUUAUGAUAAAUGUGUAUCUCUGUUACGGGAAAAGCACAAGGACGAUAUGAAAGCCGUCUCAGAGACGAUAUUUUCCCAUUCUCAAGUAGCCAAGAAGAACCUGUUAAUCACAAUGCUGAUAGACCAUCUUUGGGCCAAUGAACCUGGAUUGACGGAGGAGCUCGCCCCUACUUUAACGGAACUCACCUCCUUAAAUAGGAGCGAACAUUCGAGAGUGGCUUUAAGGGCGAGACAAGUUCUGAUUGCCGCUCACCAACCUGCUUAUGAGUUGAGGCAUAAUCAGAUGGAGAGCAUAUUUUUGUCGGCAGUUGAUAUGUACGGUCAUGAGUUUCACCCGGAAAAUUUGCAAAAACUUAUCGUUUCUGAAACGUCGAUUUAUGAUAUUUUACACGACUUUUUCUAUCAUUCUAAUAAAUCUGUAUCCAGUGCCGCAUUAGAGGUUUACGUCCGAAGAGCAUAUACAAGCUAUGACCUAGUAACUCUGCAGCAUUUGGAACUAAGUGGAGAAAUUCCUGUGGUGCAUUUCCAAUUCCUACUGCCUCCUAGUCACCCUAAUAGAUUGGCAAGACUAAUCAACAGCGGCGUAUCGGAAUCAGGCGAUACCAUACUAGAGCGGUCUACGAUUAUUGAUACAUUCCAACGCACUGGUUGCAUGGCAGCUUUCGACAACUUUCAUCAGUUUGAGGAAUAUUCUGAUGAAAUUUUGGAUUUCAUAGAGGACUUUUCCAAUCCGACCACAAUAAGUGCCAAGGAUUUGAAUGCCGUGGAAUCAGGAUCUGAAUCUAGAAAGAAUUCAACAUCGAUAAACGUUAGUUUAUCAGUGGAUGGACCUCGAGUUACUCAAAAUGAUGAAAAUGUCGUCUUGGAGCCUGUGCAUAUUUUACAUGUUGGCAUUAAAGACGACGGCGACAAGGACGACUCGACCAUGAGUAAAUUAUUCCUAUCGUUCUGCGUUAAGCACAAAGAAGAACUUGUGUCACGGAAAAUCAGAAGGAUUACAUUCAGCCCUCUAAAGCAUAAGCAGUUCCCAAAAUUCUUCACUUUUAGAGCACGAGAUGGUUUCACGGAAGAUAAAAUAUAUCGACAUUUGGAACCAGCAGCAGCUUUCCAAUUAGAAUUAAGUAGAAUGAGAUCGUACAAUUUGGAAGCCCUUCCAACGUCGAACCAAAAAAUGCAUUUAUAUUUGGGAAAAGCCAAAGUUCCCCCAGGCAAAGAAGUAACAGACUACAGGUUCUUCAUCAGAAGUAUUAUAAGACAUUCCGAUUUGAUAACUAAAGAGGCAUCUUUCGAGUAUCUUCAAAAUGAAGGCGAACGAGUGCUUCUUGAAGCAAUGGACGAGCUGGAAGUGGCCUUCUCUCAUCCCCAGUCUAAAAGAACAGACUGCAAUCAUAUUUUCCUCAACUUUAUACCGACGGUUAUAAUGGAUCCGGCUAAAAUUGAAGAAGCCGUCACAAACACCGUGCUUCGAUACGGACCGCGAUUAUGGAAACUGCGAGUUUUGCAGGCUGAAAUUAAAGUGUUUAUUAGGUCUUCGCCUAAUGCGCCUACAACUCCAAUUCGACUUUGUCUGGCUAACGACAGUGGCUACUAUCUGGAUAUCAACAUGUACACUGAAACUGUGGAUCCAGAGUCAGGCGAAAUUCAGUUCCAAGCAUUUGGACAGAAACAGGGGCCCAUGCAUGGACUUCCCAUUUCCACUCCUUAUUUAGCAAAGGAUUAUCUUCAACAAAAAAGAUUUCAAGCACAAAGCAAUGGCACAACUUACGUAUACGACUAUCCAGAAAUGUUUCGGCAAAUGGUAGAUUUGCAGUGGAAGCAGUACAGUCAGCAGUUUAUAUCGGAGACUGUAAAUAUUCCAGAUAAAUUUAUGGAUUUUGUCGAACUAGUGCUGGAUAUAGAGACUGAAACUAGAUUAGUCGAACAAAAACGAGUGGCUGGUGAGAAUAACGUUGGUAUGGUGGCUUGGAGAUUAACUCUUUACACCCCGGAAUACCCUGAAGGCAGAGAUAUUAUUGUGAUAUCCAAUGAUAUUACGUAUAAUAUUGGAUCUUUUGGACCGAGGGAAGAUAAGGUAUAUGGCUUAGCAUCUGAACUGGCGAGGAAGUUAAAAAUUCCCCGAAUAUACGUUUCGGUAAACUCCGGUGCAAGAAUCGGUUUAGCCGAAGAAGUCAAAGCACUAUAUAAAAUCUCGUGGAUCGACCCUAAUGACCCGGAAAAAGGAUUCAAAUAUUUAUAUUUGACGCCCGAUGACUACGCUAAUAUUAACGCAUUUAACUCUGUCAGAGCACAAUUAAUAGAUGACGAAGGUGAAUCGCGGUACCGCAUUACUGAUAUCAUAGGAAAAGAAGAUGGUUUAGGGGUGGAAAACUUAAAGUAUGCCGGAAUGAUUGCAGGUGAAACCUCGACAGCUUACGACGAAGUUGUUACAAUCUCAAUGGUCAGUUGCAGGGCAAUUGGUAUUGGCUCCUAUCUUAUUAGAUUAGGUCAGAGAGUUAUACAAAUCGAAAACUCUUAUAUUGUAUUAACUGGGUACAAUGCUUUAAAUAAGGUAUUGGGAAAAGAGGUAUACGCUUCGAAUAACCAACUAGGUGGUAUUCAAAUCAUGUACAACAAUGGAGUCUCACAUAAAACCGAACAAAGCGAUUUAGAUGGUAUCUACACUAUAUUAAAGUGGCUCUCAUACAUUCCUAAGGACAAGUUUUCCCCGGUUCCAAUUAUUAAAACUAGCGACCCGAUCGACAGAGACAUAGAGUUUGUACCUACCAAAACUCCUUACGAUCCUAGAUGGAUGUUAGAAGGAAGGGAAUCUCCCAAUGAGCCUGGUUUGUGGGAAUCGGGUUUCUUUGAUCGCGGAUCAUGGAGUGAAAUAAUGCGCCCGUGGGCACAGACUGUAGUUACAGGGCGUGCCAAACUAGGCGGCAUACCUGUAGGAGUUAUAGCUGUGGAGACCCGAACCGUUGAACUCAAUCUGCCAGCCGACCCUGCUAAUUUGGAUUCUGAAGCAAAAACAGUUUCACAGGCAGGCCAAGUUUGGUUUCCGGAUUCCGCAUAUAAGACUGCUCAAGUGAUUCAAGACUUUUCCAAAGAAGAUCUGCCGCUUUUCAUUUUUGCUAACUGGCGAGGAUUUAGUGGAGGAAUGAAAGACAUGUAUGAAGAAAUUCUGAAGUUUGGAGCCUACAUUGUCGAUGGGUUGAGGCAGUACAAACAGCCUGUGAUAGUGUAUCUUCCUCCAAGCGCCGAGUUAAGAGGUGGAGCAUGGGCUGUAGUUGAUCCCACUAUUAAUUCUAGAUAUAUGGAAAUGUAUUCCGAUCCAACUGCAAGAGGUGGUGUUUUGGAGCCAGAAGGGAUAGUCGAAGUGAAAUAUAAGAAGAGAGAUUUGCUGAAAACAAUGCAUCGUUUGGACCCCGUAUUGAAGGAUCUUGAUGAAAAAUUAAAAGCCUUCCAGGCUACCCAACCUGUUCGAGAAAGAUCAUCUAGCAUAACGCCAGUCCAACCAGUCCCCGAAAGGGAAAAACCCAAAGAAUUACAGGAGUUAGAAACACAAAUUAAGGAUAGAGAAAUCGUGCUCUGUCCCAUGUAUCAUCAGGUUUCAAUUCAUUUUGCAGAUUUGCACGAUACUCCCGAGCGAAUGCUUGAGAAAGGAGCGAUAUCCGACAUCAUAGCAUGGAAGGGAGCUAGGCAUCAUUUCUUUUGGAGGUUGCGCCGAUUACUAUUACAAGACAGCGUUAUAAAAGCGCUUUUAGAAGCACAACCCGAAAUUGGUGUGGGACAGGGCGAAUCAAUGCUAAGAAGGUGGUUUGUGGAAGAUAAUGGAUCAACAGAGGGCUACAAAUGGGACAAGAACGAAGUUGUAGUGCAUUGGUUAGAAGAUCAAUUAAGCAAGCCGCAGCACAAGUCUAUUAUUAAUCAUAAUAUCCACGCAGUAAAAAAAGACGCUGGUCUAAAUCAAAUCAAGGAACUAAUAGAGGAAUGUCCGGACAUGACUCUUGAUGCCGUCGAAGUGAUAAUAGAAAAAUUAAAUGACAACCAAAAAGCUGAAGUAAUCCGAAAGCUUUCACAACUUGGUUCGCUAGAGAAUAUCGACUAAUGACCAUCCCAACCAAAACAUGACAAGGUAGAAUUAGUUAAUUUUUAUUUUCCAAAUACUGCUAAACAUCUAAAUGAUUAUUUAUAUAAGCGAUCAGCAGUUCACGGCUGCAACAAGUCAAGAUAAAUUAGUCUCUCUACUAGCUGCAUUGAAAUCAACACCCACCAGUUCGAUGGAAUAUUGAUUUUCACGUGAAAAAUAACAGACUGAAAUAUCAAAGUUUAAUAGCAGGUUUAGUGUUUGCAAUUGCAAUCGCAAUGCAAAUAACUCUCAUUAACGUCCUUAUGAUGUAACAUGAGAAGUGAUAUAUUUUUGUAUCCACAGUCCACUCAAAAAUGUUUGUACAUUUUCUUUAUGGAAUCUUUGAUUAGAAAUGUGAGAAUCUCCAAGCGUAAUAAAGUGAAUUUUCGGUGGUUGUGGACCAUAUUGCAUUUUUAUAAAAUAACAUUUUACAAAUGUUUAUUUUAUAAUUAUAAUUAGGUUUUGUAAAAAAGAAAUGUUUCCUUUAUGGGUUUAGAUCAAGUUUCGUCUAGUAUUUAUUGAAAAAAUCUUCCCUUCUAAAAGGCUGUUACACAGUACACGUUGUUAUCUUUUAUUGUUAGAUACUGAUUAUUUUCAAUAAAAAAAACUGAUUACAAA